AAUAUACGAUUUAACGAAUAUAAUGUCUGACUAUAGUCAGAUAUAUUCGUGUUCAGCUUUAAAAAGUAAAAACUAUAAAAACAGGUUAUGGAAAAAAAGUAGUCUUAGAAAACUGUAGCCACUCCAACACCACGAACACGAUAAGUUAAACGCCAUAAUUGUAUACCGCUGUAACAUCUCUCAACACGCGCGCUCUCGAGCGAGGUACACACACACACACAUCGAACAAAAAACGUUGAUCAAUAUCAUCGCGUAUACAAGAAACGAAACGCUAUCGUAAUAAUAAUACGAUAUACAAUAAUACUCUUUCAGACCUCCGUGCAUAAGUUUUUGCUUUUUUCGUAGUCGAGACAGUUUUCUUACACAUAAAAAUAUUAAUAUGCACGUGAAUACUUUAUAUUGUGAUAAACGAUAAUAUUAUUUGCUCGUUGAUAAAAGGCGCACACACGCUUAAAUACAUAAUAUCCGGUGCUGUUUUAUACUCCUGUCACAUGUCAAUUAUUGAGUCUUUACAAUGGAAACAUGAUCGUUACUUGAUAGUCGACACCCGUGUACACUGUCUCCGUAUUUCUGAUUAAGCAAAAUUCCAUUACGAAAGAUAAAAUUUGUGGCGUCCAAACUCCAAGGUAAAUAUUAUUAUAGUUCUUACAUCCACAGUCAAAUUUGAAAAGGAUUAAAUUUUUUGAUUUUCUAUCACAUGGUUUUUGUUAUAAACUGUUUAAAAGAGGAGUUGCAGCAUUUUACGCUCAUUAUUAUACAAUUAUCGUAUUAAACAUUGUACCCCGAUAUUAUGAAAUAUCAAAUAAUCAUGAAAAUAUUUAUAAAUUCGUUAAUAAUAAGUGUUUGGAGCUUUAAACUAUCGCAUUAACUCGGACGGUUUGAAUAAUUUCACCAUACGACUCUAAUUAUUGGACGGACAGGGAUGGAUACACAUUAACGAGUUUUAUCGGCGAGCGACAUGAUAUUAUUGUAUUAUGUCGAAGCGUACACCGCGACCGUAGUACCAGUCCACGACAACGCCCCCACAUCACCGCCCAGCCGUGUUACGACUAACGCGCACGGUGCCGUCGAACGAGCGCCACAGCCGCGGCCGGUCGGCUAUGCCCCUGGUACACGGUGAUCUCGUUGGAGGUGAAUAUGGCUGCGAUAAAGGGCAUGCGAUGAGCCGCGGCCGUCACGGAACCACUUUACGCGGUCGACACGGAAACGCGACCAACUGGCCGAGGCGAUAUUGUGUACCAGUACGGGCAACCGGUGGUACAGCCGCCCGUCGGUUGCUGUCGGGGCAUGCACGAUGAUAUUCACGUUCGAAGUAAUAAUAAUAAUAAUAUUGUUAUCGUACGCAGUAUUAUACGUAUAUUAUGGUAAUAAUGUUUUAUUAUUACAAUAAUAUGGUAUUUGUGACCGACGACGGACGAACCACGGUUCCAACUUCCGCCGCCGUUCCGGUUGCCGCGGUUACCGUUUGUUGUCGUCGACUAGACCGUGGGCCGCGCUCAAAUUUCAUUAUUUUAUGCCAACGUGAAAAUUCGUUUAAAGUUCUUCGAGUGCUGUUUUGUGAUAGCAAAAAAAUUAAUUAUCCAAAGUAUUUGGGCGAAAAAAUAAACAUGUUUUGACAGCUGUCGUGGUUAUGGGCAACGUAUUGCGGUUUAAAUGUAUAGACUGUGCGAACGCAGACCAACGGCAACGCAGAAAAAUUACAGUGCUCCUGGUUGGUUUGGACAACGCUGGGAAAACUUGUACCGUUAAAAGCAUUAUGAAAGAAAAACAAAAAAAUAUUCUUUCUACUGUUGGGUUUUCGUCUUCCAAAUGUAAUUAUCGUGACAAUGCUAUAACUAUUUACGAUUUAGGAGGUCACAAACAGAUUAGAGAUAUAUGGAAACAAUAUUUUGCUGAUGUACACGGUGUAAUAUUUGUUGUGGAUUCGGCGGAUCUUAGUCGGUUAAAUGAAUGCAAAGAAGUUUUUCAUGAUUUACUUAGUCAUGAAAAUAUUGCUGGAAAACCAGUGCUAUUAUUCGCUAAUAAGCAAGACAAACCAGGGGCUCUUGAUGAGUUGGAUAUAGUAGAUCGACUAAAUGUAGAGACUGUAGUGAAUACAAAUAAAUGUCCAACACUUGUAGAAACGUGUACUGCUCUUCAUAUGGCACCUAUUAAUUACUGUAGUUCUGCUUUUAUUGAUCCAAGCAUUGAAAGCGGAUUUAGUUGGCUGAUAUCACAUAUUGUAAGGUUAUAUGAUACGCUCAACCGCCGUGUCAUAGAAGACAUGGCACAGUAUAAAGCUCAAGUGGAUAAAAAGAUUGAAGAGUGGAAAAAAAAUCAACAGAACUCAAAUGACUCAUAUUUAUUAUCGUUUAACGCACCACACCGGAGGUCUACCAGACGCAAUCCAUUUAGAAGAAUUAACAAAGUCAUAGAUAGUAUUGAUUCAAAAACAUCAAACUUGACGACUGAUAUGGGGAGUACAUCAUAUAUUAUACCACUUAGAAGUGAGUCCGAUGAGGACUACGAACCACCUGAUUUUCAACCACAGCCUGAGCCAACUGCAUUCCGAAAUAAAGUCGCCCCGACAAUACCGACAAAAAUACAAACAGAAUCAAUGCCAUCGGUCAAAUCGCGAUCACCACUUUUCAGGGCCAAGUCCAGAGAAUAUGAUAGGAAUUCAGUUGAAACCGUAACGACCACCGCUAAUACUACUGCCGCUAUUACCACCAUUAGCUCCACAGAAAUGUUUAUUCAAAACGAAUCUGGCACAGCAAAAAUGAAACGUUCUAUUUUUAGCAAUAAGUCAAAUUCAGCUGGUGCUAGUGGUAGUGGUACUACUCGUUUAUCAAAAUCUAAUCGGUCGUCUAGUGCUAAGUCAUUAAAGAAAAGUGAAUCAUCUAACAAACAAGAUGAUAAUCAUAGAUCAGAAAAGUUGUAUCCAAAUGAUGAAGAAGAUGUGGUUGUGCAACAACCAGAUGUAUCAACCACUAGUCCAGAAAUAAUAGGCCAUAUGUGAAUACGACUGAAGGUUAUAAAACAAUUUAUACAAUUAUUAAUGUUUUGUUAAAUAAAAAUAAGCGUCUGUUAUCUAAUAAAAUAGUUUUAGACGUUUUA